UGAUACUUCACAAAUGGUACCAGAACAUUCAUUUCCUAUCACAGAACACCUCAGGUUGUAGCCUUACAAUUACUUGGGAAUCAUCUCCAUUGAAAUUAAUGAAAUUCACUAUGUGUAUAUAGGAUUACAGUUUCAAUAAAAUAUUCUAGUAUGCAAAGGAAGCAAUCACAUACAAAAGAAGAUGGUGUAAAGCAAGUCCAGCAUAAGAUAUACAAGUGUAAACUACUCCAGAUGCAAGCCCAAUUCAGCAGCAGCACUAUUGUGGCCUGAGGAGGCCUAACUUGGCAAAAGAGAACCAACCUCUAAAGUAUUGUGGGAGUUAUAACAUCCUAUUUGACAGCUUAACUUACUCCGCUUUGCCAAGUUACAUGAUGAAACGGACAGGACAUUUAUUUACUUAUUUAGCCUAUCUCCUUUUCACAGUGACUGUUUCUUGUGUGUUGGCCAAAACCACCACUGUGGUUCUGGCCUUUGGGGCCACCAAACCAGGAUCCAGAAUGAGGAAAUGGAUGGGGAAAAGACUGGCAAGCACCACUGUGCUUUCUUGUUCCCUUAUCCAAAUUGGUGUUUGUGCUGUGUGGUUAGGAACCUCUCCACCUUUCCCCAAUUCUGACUUGCACUCUGUAAAGGACAAAAUAAUACUAGACUGUAAUGAAGGGUCAGUUGUCAUGUUUUACUGUGUCCUGGGUUACAUGGGCUUCCUUGCCUUUGUCAGUUUUGUUGUAGCAUUUUUAGCCCGGAAACUGACUGACAGCUUUAAUGAGGCCAAAUUCAUCACCUUAAGCAUGCUCUUGUUUUGUAGUGUUUGGAUUUCCUUUGUUCCAGUGUACCUGAGCACUAAGGGGAAAUACAUGGUGGCUGUGGAGAUCUUCUCCAUCUUGGCCUCCAGUGCUGGCUUAUUAGGUUUCAUCUUUUCCCCCAAAUGCUACAUCAUUGUGUUGCGGCCUGAUCUAAAUGACAAACAGCAGUUAAUAAGGAGGAAACAGUAGUAUAUCCCACUGCCAGUCUUUUCUUUCAGACUACUCUAUAGUUAAUAUUCAUAGGCUCUCCAUCAUACAGUUAUUUUGUAGUAAUUGCUUUGUACCAUUUUUGUUGUCAGCAGUGUCCUCUUUGAGAUAUUAGACCAUUAAAGCCUAGGAGUUAUCCAUGUGCUGAAACUACAGAUUGGCACUGCUACAGGUGCCACAUAGUACCCAUUCAUUUCAUAGUAGAUCCGCCCCUGUAUAAACCUUCCUAUUUUCAAACCGAACCUGCCUUCCCCUAGUUUGUUUUAGUGUAAUAGUCAGUAAGCUAAAAAAGGGAGGUUCAUGCAGGAAGGUUUAGAGGACAGAUAAUGCAUAUUCUAUGGUCAUGUGAAGCACUCCUUCUCUGAAAAAAGACAGGCUCACUGUUCUUUUCUUAUUCUUUGUAGUUUACUUUGUGUGCCCUUUGUGUGGCGUCUCAGGAAUUGACAGAGAUGGCUUUUCAUGAAACAUCACAAAACAUGUUUUUCUCCAUUCUUCCGAUCUUCCCAGCAAUAACAGCACCUAGUUAUUAUCUCAUUGGUAAUUAUCACACUUGUCAUCACUGAAUCUCCUUUGGAUAAGGUCCUCAUAGAUUUUGAGAGAAUACUAGUCAAAGACUAGUAUUAAAGUAUCCCUUCCUGCCAUUUCAAACAAUGGGGAGGGCAGAGGAAGAGGCAGUAUUUCCACUUUUCACUUGGAGAGUUGUAAUUCAGUCUUUUAAUCUGUGGAUUGGUGGAAUGACAUGGCAUUUGUGUGAGGGCAAAAGAUUCUAGUGAGGUUGGUUCUGAAGCUAACAGGCAUGUUCUCGAUGGAAGUGAAGGUGUGUGACUCGAAGGAACAUUUGCCUCAGCAUGCUGCUGAUUAUUGUGUCCAUUCUCUCCUUUCUGCCAUGUGUGAUGUGCAAACAUAACAAACGUUGCACCACCAAUCAUUCGCUCAGCAUUCCACAUGAAUUCUAUCAGCCUGGUGACUUUAUAAUUGGUGGACUUGCUUCUCAUAUCUUUGGCUCUUUUGCUAAAGAAGACUUCAGAGAAAUCCUUAUCACCCAUCAAGUCCGUACUUUCUUGUAAGUAGUAAUCAAGUACACAUCAACAAUUCUUUUGAUUCUGAUUCCCCAAUGCUAACCAUAAAUUUCGGUAGGAUCCCCCCCCCCCGUCAGAGGUAUGAAUAGUAGAGGUGCUAAACUGAGGAGUUACCUUAGAGGAAGGGAAAUGGUGAUCUGAAACUGCUAGUAAGAUGAGAUAGCUUGGACUUGCUGAUCAGUUCUGAUCCCCCAUUUCCUCCCUCCUCUUCACAAUUUUCUUCCAGGCAGUGCUUCAUUAGAGGAGCAAAGGUUUAGUUUUACUUGGAAAUCUGAGCUUCCAAUGUGGAAGCCCUUCUUGAAAUGAGGGGCUUCUGAAUGCACUGAAGAGCCAAAGAAGUAAGAGAAGCAGAGUCCCCAAAGAGGUGCAAACAGCAGAGUCACUUUCAGAUGACUUGUUUAUUUAGCAUUCAUCCAUAUUAGACAGUGUUGGCUUUUUAAUGAGCACUCAUUCUGAUUUGUUUGUGUGGAGCUUAUAUAAUGUGUGAAGCUUGCAUUGUCCCAUACUUUGCGCUGAAUUUCCUCAUAGGUGUUAGAAUCACAACCCAAAACAUUGGAAGCACCCUCGGAGAAGUAAUCAACAUCCAACAGUUGAAAGCUUCCAGUACCCAUCACCAGGCAGGAGGGGAGAUAUAGGGGAUGGGGGAGGUGACAGGAUACUCCCCAAAGUGCAAGUGGUAAAAUAGCUCUCUGGUUUCACUUUGAGUUCUUGAGAGAGGCUUGCUUUGACCCCAGAGUGUGUUAUGGUGAGGGAUGGGGAGAGAAAUAGAAAUUCCACCUGUUUCUAGGCUCUCCACAGCACCAUCCUGAUUUCAGAGGUAAGGGAGCAUGUUGGGGGUAAAGUGAGGUGCCCUUCUCUGGUCUUAACAUUAAAGCAAUCCUGAUAAGAGUUUUGGGUGAGGAAUCUAACAAAUGUAAACAAAUUAUGCAUAGCUCUGAUGAGGUAAAGAGGGACGGCCAAUUCAGUAGAUACUCUUGUAAGAGCAGCCACACUACAGUAUAGGCAAAGGCUCCCAAAGGAUAGCAUGUUGGAGAAGAGGUGUGAGCCCUUCCCUGGUCUAUCCCUUGGAAUAUUAAACCAAGCCUGAAAAGAGUUUUUGGUGAGGAAUCUUAAAAGCUGAUCUUACCUUUGAAGUAGGGUUUUUAGAGCCCCAUUUGUUCUCCUCCAAGCCAGGCUAUGACAAACACACAUGGUACCCCAAGUUGAAAAUAUGUCAAGCUGAAAAUGUUUCACGGAUCUAGAAAUGUUGGUUACUAUCCUUCCUCUAUCCAUUACAGUAUUAUGCCUAAGAACUAUCAGCAUAUUCUGGCUUUGGUGUUUGCGGUCAAGGAGAUCAAUGAGAACCCCAUGAUCUUGCCUAAUAUCACCUUGGGAUUCCACAUCUAUGACAGUUACACCAGUAAAAGGAUGACCUACCGGGCCAUUCUGGACCUUAUUUCCAUGCAUCCCAACUACAGGUGCGGAAUUGAAAAAAAUCUGAUGACUGUCAUUGGGGGUCUUGACUUUGGAACAUCCCUCUACAUAGCAACCAUAUUGGGUGUCUACAAGAUUCCCCAGGUAAAAUACUGAUUUGGGCACUUCACAGCUCACUUAUUAUUAUCUUUCCUAACCAGUGUUCGGCGUUUCCGUGCGCUGCUCUGGUUCGCCAGAAGCGGCUUAGUCCUGCUGGCCACAUGACCCGGAAGCUGUACGCCGGCUCCCUUGGCCAAUAAAGCGAGAUGAGCACCGCAACCCCAGAGUAGGUCACGACUGGACCUAAUGGUCAGGGGUCCCUUUACCCUUGACCUUUAACCAGUGUUCACCCAGUGUUUGCCAUAGCUCAGUGCAGGCACCUCUCAGUUGGGCACCAUUGCCAUUCUAUGAGAACAAGAGAGAAGUUCAAGGUGGGCUCCAGCACCUCUUUUUCUAGAAAAAUUGCACUGGGUUUUAAAAACGUAAUUUAAUGGUAAGUCACUUUAGGAGGUUUUCUAUAUUUAAAGGAUUUAGAUAUAUAAAAAUAUAAAUAGCUAAAAUAAUUUUUUUUUAUAAGUUCACCUUGCAUCUGAAAGAAAACAUUAUUGGUGCCUGGUGAGCUAUAAAUGGGUUGCUGUGACCAAAAGGUUGUCUCUGAUGUCACCUUUUACACUUUCCAUGAGGAGGAAAGUGAGAGAAUAGCCUGUCGACAUGCAGAGGGCCGGGAGGCCAGCUGGCUAGCCCCGGCUGGGCCGUCUCCUUCCAGUGGCCCGGUGCGAAGACCAUCGCCUCUGCUCCGACAUAAAUCAGUGAGCCGGGCUUCACAGCCAGGGCACACAAUCAGCAGAUCGAACUGUGCACACGGAAUAGGCGUGAGGCUUGUGGAAGCAUUCUAAAACUAAAGAUUUAUUAAUCAUAAAUCAGGACAAAAAAACAUGUCAUCUCUCUCUCACAUGUUGUCUCAGAGAGAACAGCAAAAGCAAAAGCAAUACACACAACGGAAGUUCCCAGCAUACUGUGCUGGAAUGUAAACAGACAUGUGACACGUAACAAUCCCAUGUCUGUUCCUUAAGGUGGAAUGGAAAUGUCAACAUAGCCUCUGCCAGGGCCGUCCCUACCAUAGUAUCAAGUAAAUAACCAUAUCAGGCUGUUUGUGAUGGUCUGGGAUUCGGACUCGGAGGCUGAACCUGAGGAAUCCCAGCCUGCACAGGAUUCCCCGCCUCCAGAACCAGCUGAGCCAGGGCUGGGGCUUCAGCCUGAUGCGUCCUCACCUGUGCUGGCUCCUCAGGUGCAGGCACCAGCUGAGUCUGCUCUGGCUCCUGAGGUGAUGGAGGACCCAUUGCCUGCAGGUGCUCCACUCUCAGCCCCGUCAGGGGAAGCUCUGGGUCCGGUAACCCUCCAGCCUCUCCUGAGCUGCAGAGGCUCAGGACAGAGAGGCGGAGGGAACUAAGUUCCCGCAGCAGGAGUGCUCACCUCCAGGCCAGGGGAGGCGAGUCACCUGUGGACUGGGGCCGCCAUAUGCCUCAGGGCAGAUAAAAGCCAGCCAGCCCCAGUCCCAAGUUGUGGGACCAACAUUGUUGGUAGCCAGUUCCUGCCUGAACCCUGUCCUGCUUGUCUGCCGGAGCUCCUGACCUCACCCGACUCCAUGCCUUGGACCCAGCUUCAGCUUUGACGGACAGCCUCCAUACUGCACCCUUGACCUCAGACUGGGACCUCGCCUCACGGUUAACCCAUGGGACCAGCACACCGUUCUUCUUAAAUCAGUGCUAGGGGCUGGGUUCCCACAUGUGUGAGCUUUUAGGGGGCACAUGGCAAUGGUAGUUGGGGCAAGAGACAUCCCUCUAGUUCUGUAGGCUGCAGUUCAGCCAUGCAAACACCAGAUGUUUCCAAAUCAACCUCUCUCUAUCCAGGCAAGCAAGAGGCAGUAUUACUGUUCAGAGACACAUACUAGCCAAGUAUAUGAACUGUGUGGCACAGGAUGAGUGAGACAUAUGUCCUGGGGGCAAGCUCUGUAGAGUAUCCCGAGGGCAACAUAAGGACCUGGGUGUGAGGUUACGCAUCCUUCUACAAUCCAGUGUCUAUGACUUUUUCUUGGAUGUUGGAGCUAUGUAUGCAACACAGCCUCUCCUGGUUCCUAUCUUGGGAAAUGCAGUUUUCUCUCCCACUCUUUUUGACAGAACAGACACCGCAUAUGAGUUCCUUCUACUACAUCCAUGAACCAAUUUAUAUUUCUUCAUUUCCUUUCAGCUCAGUUAUGGCUCCUUUGCUCCACAGAACACGGAUCAAAGCCAAUCCACUCCCUUCUACCGGAUGGUGCCCAGCGAUGACCAUCAGUACACUGGGAUUGUUGAGUUACUUCUCCACUUUUCAUGGACAUGGGUCGGAUUACUUGCUGGCAAUAAUGACAGCGGAGAGAAGUGUAUGCAGACUCUGCAACCUCUGCUUUCCAGGAAGCAUAUUUGCUCGGCCUUCUUAGAGAGAACUCCCCAAACUAGUUAUGAAUAUAAUAACAUUCAUUUACUGUAUCUCCAAGUGAAUCAAGUGAUUGUGAAGAGCAAAGCCAGUGCUGUUAUUUUCUGCGGGAAUUCUGCAUCCAUACUUGCGUUACAACCAAUGUUAGCACAAUGUGAAAGGGAAAAUGUGGCUGGGACUCCUAUGAGGAAAGUGUGGAUUCUGACUGCUCAGCUUGAUUUCAUAGGAACCACUUAUCCAACAAGAUGGGAUAUGCAAGUCUUCCAAGGUUCCAUCUCCUUUACAGUUCAUUCAAACGAGGUGCAAAGAUUCAGAGACUUUCUUCAGCUCCUAAACCCCUUUGAGGAAAAUGGAGACGACUUUCUCAAGCAGUUUUGGACCCUGGUUUUUCGCUGUUUAUUUCCAAACUCCAACACAGAGGAGAAGCCCAGUGGAAGCUGCACCGGAGAUGAGAAGCUGGAGGAUCUCCCUUCAUCUGAUUUUGAGAUGAGCAUGACUGGCCACAGCUACAGUGUCUAUAAUGCUGUCUAUGCCAUGGCACAUGCUUUACAUAACACAUUCUUGCACAGGUCCAAACAGAGGGCAGCGAUGGAAGGAGAGAUGCAGGAGCUACCAAAACUGCAAGCUUGGCAGGUACUGGUUACCAUUUGACAUGGGCAGUAUCAUGAUGUCCAGGGGUAUGUGCAACAGUGCCCUGAAAAUUAGUAUCGAUAACCAUACAGCAUUUCUCUCAUUCAACUUCAGUCUCUUCUAUUAUUAUUUCCUUCCUUCUGUGCAAUAAACGCUCAGUGUGGCUCUUUUGCAUUUUCCCUAUAGAGAAUUUGAGAAAUAAAUUUGAUGGUUUUUCCAAGACACAAUAUAUUGGAAGUGACUGUCUAAGUCAGGCUUCCUCAACCUUGGCCCUCCAUAUGUUUUUGGCCUAGAACUCCCAUGAUCCCUAGCUAGCAGGACCAGUGGUCAGGGAUGAUGGGAACUGUAGUCUCAAAACAUCUGGAGGGUCGAGGUUGUGGGCGAGAUCCCAUCUCUCCUCAUUGCCCAUGGUGUCUGCCAGAACUGCAAAGCCAUUGCAGACAGGGAUUUGAAAAGGGAAGAUAUCAUUUGCCAGGAAAUAGACCCCAUUCUCUGAUCGUUUAUGUAGGAAUUAAACACUAGUUCCUAUUUACAGAGUUAUGUGGAAGAGAGCUUGGGUUGUUUGGCCCUUUAAGUAGUUCCUUUUCCCCUCCUAUAAAAACUAUGCAAUUGACUCUCUUUUACAUUUUAAACAGAGAAUAACUUUUAUUCAGUGUACUUGCACGGGUUAGAUUAAAUAUUCCAAACAGGCAGGUGUUCCUUAUGUUACCAAUACACUUUACAUAGAUUUGAACCUAAGACAAAAACUGCUACAGACUGACUAACUCUGAGACAGGAAGCAGCAUAACAGAACAUAACUGCUGCUCUGUUAAGACUGUUCAUAACUGCCAUAAUUGUACCAACUGAAAAAAGUGCCUCCUGCAAAGGACAUCACAGAAUUCUCUAGCCCUUGUGAGCAUUAAGCCUUUCCUUAGCAUUUUGGAUGCUUUCAUCUCACAGUUUAGGGGCUGGGGGAGUGAGGUCCUCCAUUGCUCUUUCCCUUUUACAAGCUCUCAUCCCCUUACGCUGCUAUUGGGGACCUUUAAGACACUUAUUGGUUAGUUGGAAAAGUCCUACCAAGCCAGCAAUUCCGGUGGCUUCUCCAAUUGCUCUGUGGUUCUUCCGACCAGGGAGAGGGGAGGAAGGGGAGAGUUUUAGCCACCAGUGUUUCUUGUAGUGAAGUGGGCAACAAUGAAUUCAGUGCCUUUGAUGAUGAAUUUGUUGUGCAAGAUGGUCCAGAGUGGAAUGGCAAGAUAUUAUUGAGACUUUUGGGGGCUACUGCAUCUGUAAUCAAAAGCUUCCACCCUGUGGCUUCAGCCCUUGUAAUUGUUUCUUGUUCAGCAGGGAACUAUGUGCUUUAGCUUAUUUAAAAGGUCUAGAAACCACCCUUCAAAAGAUUUAAAGCUCUACUCCCAGCUUUAAAAUCCCUGUCAUUUACAGGAAGACUCUGCCCCAAACUGAGUUCAGUAAGGAGUGACAUUCGGGCUUUAAUUCAUUGCUCCUUUGUUUCCCUUUCAAUGCAGCUUCACCCCUUUCUUAGGAGUGUCUCAUUUAACAACAGUGCUGGAGAAAAAGUAUCUUUUGGUGAAAACAGGGAAUUAGAAACAGGAUUUGAUAUUACGAACUUGGUCACUUUCCCAAAUAACUCCUAUGUGAAAAUCAAGGUUGGGAGGAUAGAUCUGGAGGCUCCCCCAGGAAAGCAAUUUUCCAUUCAUGAGGACAAAAUGGUGUGGCAUAAAAGUUUUCUCCAGGUGAGGAAUGACAGCAAUGUCCAUGAGAUGUGGGUAAACAAAAUAUUAUUGCAUUGCAGAUCAUGAGUCAAGUGUGUUCCUAUCAAAGUGUGGUACAUAUCUUGAAACACAUGUGGAACAUGGAAUCCUUAUUUUGCUUUUUUAUUUUUUAAGGACCCGUUACCCAGUAUGUUUUCCAGGUCUUCAUACUACACCCCUGAUUGCUCCUUGUCUUUGGCAGGAAGACAUGAAGGAAGCUUUUAAAAGGAGUCAGCUGAAGCCUCUUUUCAGUUGGGAAAUGUGAUAAUAACACAAUGUUCCAAAUCCCAGAGAGGCUUCUAAGCAUGUUCAGAUAUGUGUGUUAGACUGUUCCUUACACCCCCCUACUCAGCACAGGAAGAUCAGAGGGGGAACAAGUACACCAAGGAUGUCUCUGGACAUUGGGUGCAGGGCUGGUGAAUAUUCACCCACUCUUCAAUUUGAGCCCCUGUGCAUUUUCUGUAGUGCCUGAAGGAGGCUCAAAAGAAAGCCAUUUUAAGCACCUCUCCACCCCCCAGUUGUGGGUAGUGGUAUUUUUCACCCUGAAUUGGUUCUGAGGAGGUCAUUCGCACCUCUUAGUCAAUACUAAAACCCCACUGCGCAUACAAUACUGAGAAUGCUUGGAAUGACAUGCGUUCCUAAUUGUAGCUGAGAUAAUGGGAGCCAAAGAGCCUAUACAUCUAUAUGUGCUAAACUGUUCCCAUGCUUAUUCCAAUGCACAGGUUCCACCCCAUUCUGUGUGUAGCCCAAGUUGCCCUCCUGGAUCCAGAAAGAAAAAGAAGGAGGGGGAGAAAUUCUGCUGCUAUGAUUGUGCUCCAUGUCCCGAAGGAAGGAUUGCUUCCCAGAAGGGUAAGAGACACAACUCUUCCCCCUUCCCCCCCUCACACACUGCAGUGGCCAGGCCAUCCCGAUCCAAAUAUCUCCACAGUUGACAUACCAGAUGAAGAUCCAAUACUUAAAUUACACAUAAUAUAUUCAUUCCAUAAAUCAUAAAUACAUUUAUUUUAGGCUCUGCCAAGCCUUGAACUUCCUUCCACUCCUUUGGUAAGUAUCAAAUAGACUUUAUAUUCACGUAUUUUAUCUCUUUUACAUAAUAACCUUUUACUGUUAGAGUUAUUCCAAUCCCGCCAGUGUCGUUUAAAGUUUAGUCCCAAUAUAUAUCCAAUAUUUAAUCCAAUUAUCAUGAAAUUUCUGUUCAUCUUGAUCUCUUAUUCUUCCUGUUAUUCUAGCGAGCUCGGCAUAAUUUGUUAAUUUAAUCUGCCAAUCACUUAUAUUAGGUAUGGCGUCCGUUUUCCAAUUUUGUGCUAACAUGAUUCUUGCGGCUGUUGUGGCAUAUAAAAAUAAUACCUUAUCUUCUUUUUUGAUUUCUUUACCUGUCAUUCCUAGCAGAAAGGCUUCGGGUUUUUUGGGAAACGUGUAUUUAAAAAUUUUUUUAAGCUCGUUAUAAAUCGAUUCCCAAAAGCCUUUCACUUUGCUGCAUAACCACCACAUAUGGUAGAAGUCACUAUCUACUUCUCCACAUUUCCAACAUCUUUUGUUCUUUAACCUAUAGAUCUUGGCCAGUUUCACUGGUGUGAGGUACCACCUAAAUAUCAUUUUCCACAUAUUUUCCCUUAAUGCCAUACAUGCCGUGAACUUCAUGUUAAUAUUCCAUAAUUCUAGCCAUCUCUCAAAAUCGAUAUUAUAGCCGAUGUCUAUUGCCCACUUAGUCAUAACCUCCUUCACCUCUUCGUCUUUUGUAUACCACUCCAAUAAAAUAUCGUAUAUUCUAGACAGUAUUUUGUUCUUUCCUUCAACAACUUCCACAUUGAAUUUGGAUUUUUUAUCUUCGAAUCCUAUUUUCUUUUUAUCUUCUUUUAACAGGUCAUUUACCUGGUGGUAUUGCAGCCACCCAGUAAAUGAGUUUUUAAUCUCUUCAUAGGGUCUAAGUUUUAUACCUUGAUCCGUUUUCCUAGUCAGUUCUUCAUAGGUAGGAUUCUUCCCUUCCAUAUUAACUUUUUGACCGUUAACAACACUGUUUGUGAGAUACACCAGGGUGUCUUCCUUUCCAGUAGGUUUUUAUUUCUUUCCCAUACUUGGAAUAUUGGCCCUCUAAAAAUAUGGUUUAAAAAGCCUCUAUGUACUUUCACCUUUUCAUACCACAGGUACGAGUGCCACCCGUACCUGUUAUCGAAGCCUUCAAGAUCCAAGAUGUCUCUGUUUUCUAGUGUUAUCCAGUCUUUCAACCACGAUAAACACGCCACCUCAUAGUAUAAACAUAAGUCUGGAAGGGAGAAGCCCCCUCUUUCUUUUUUAUCUACCAGUAUUUUCAUUUUUAUUCGCGGUCUUUUUCCCUGCCAGAUGUAUCUCGCCAAGGCUCUUUGCCAUUCUUUACAUUGCUUUAAACCUUUAAGUACCGGGAUGGUUUGAAAUAAAAAUAACAUUCUAGGCAAAACGUUCAUUUUAAUAACCGCUAUCCUCCCCAAAAAAGAUAAUCUCAUUCUCUCCCAGAUUUCUAAGUCUUUCUUAAUGUUCUUCCAGGUGACCUCAUAGUUAUCCUUAUAUAGAUUGAUGUUCUUAGCCGUAAUCCAGACUCCAAGGUACUUCGCCUUCUUUGCCAUCAUAAUUCCGGUUUUUUGUUCUAGGUCUACUAUAUCUUCUUUAGAUACAUUUUUAGUCAGUAUUUUAGUCUUAUUCUUAUUGACCUUAAAGCCUGCCACAGCACCAAACUCUUCAAUUUUUUGAAGGGCUUCUUUUACACUGUGCUUUGGAUCUUCUAAUGUUAGAGCAAUGUCAUCCGCAAAAGCUUUAAUUUUGUGUUCCUUAGUUCCUACCCUGACUCCUUUAACCUCUGCUGUAUCCCUCAGCCUCUUAGUAAGUACUUCCAAUACUAAGAUAAAUAAUAGGGGGGACAGAGGGCAGCCUUGCCUUGUCCCUUUAGAAAUAUCAAAAAAUUCUGAUGUAGUAUUAUUUAUUAUAAGUUUUGCCUUUGCUCAUGAUAGAUAGCCUCUAUACCUUUUCUGAAUCUUUCUCCCAUCCCCAUCCUUUUCAAAUUUUCCAUCAGAAAGCGCCAAGAGACAUUAUUGAAUGCCUUCUCCGCAUCGAUAAAUAUCAAGGCCGCCUGUUUAUCUAUUCUAGUUUCCAGGUAUUGAAUAAUAUCUAUCACAUUUCUUACGUUAUCCUUUAGUUGUCUUCCUGGUAGGAAGCCCGUUUGAUCUUUAUGAAUUCUAUUUUUUAAUACCCUUUUUAGUCUUUCUGCCAUUAUAUCCGCAAACAGUUUAUAAUCGUUAUUUAAUAACGAAAUCGGCCUAUAGUUCUUCACCUCUAAGGCAUCCACAUCUUUUUUAGGUAUUAAAGUAAUAUAUGCUUCCUUCCAGGUAUUCGGAAUCCUUCCCUCUUUUAAAAUAUUAUUCAUCACUUCACAUAGAAUUGGGCAUAAUUGCUCAAUGUUUUAUAGUACUUGGCUGGUAGGCCAUCCGGCCCCGGCGCUUUCCCAAUUUUCAUCUUUUUUAUUGCCUUCCUUAUCUCAUCUUCUGUAAUCCUCUGGUCUAAUAACUCUUUCUUUUCUAUGGCAAUCUGUUGUAUCUGGUUUGUUGGGAAAUAUCUAAGAUAUUUCCGAUUUCAUCCUAAGAGGUCCAUAUUGGAGGAAUUUGUAGUUGCUCUUUAAGACAUGAUGAGUCUGCAUCUAAUCUUUUCUUUUUUACCUCAGACAUGAAUGACUGUAUUGGAUGCUCAGAAGAUCACUAUCCAAACAAGGACCAAACACAAUGCAUUCCAAAGACAAUAAGCUUCCUGACUUUUGGAGAACCACUCGGGAUGUCCAUAGCAUUUCUCUCUCUCCUUUUCUUUCUGCUCACUCUUUUGGUCCUAGUAAUCUUUGCUAAGCAUCAAGACACACCCCUCGUCAGGGCCAACAAUCGAGAUCUGACCUACACUCUCCUCACGUCUCUCCUCCUUUGCUUUCUCUGCCCCUUCAUCUUCCUCAGCCAACCAGAACGAGUGAGCUGCCUGCUCCGACAAAUGACUUUUGGUGUCGUUUUCACUGUGACAGUUUCUUGUGUGUUGGCUAAAACCGUCACCGUUGUUUUGGCCUUUGUGGCCACCAAACCAGGUUCCAGAAUGAGGAAAUGGGUAGGGAAAAGAGUGGCAAGUGCCUUUGUGUUGACUUGUACUAUUAUCCAAGCUGGUAUUUGCACUGUGUGGCUGGGAACCUCUCCCCCAUUUCCCCAUUUUGACAAGCAUUAUGUGACGGGAGAAAUCAUUCUAGGCUGCAACGAAGGGUCAGUUGCCCUGUUUUACUGUGUCCUGGGCUACAUGGGCUUUUUGGCCAUUCUCAGCUUUGUUGUGGCCUUUUUUGCCAGGAAACUGCCUGACAGCUUUAAUGAGGCCAAAUUCAUCACCUUCAGCAUGUUGCUGUUUUGUAGUGUUUGGAUCUCCUUUGUUCCAGUCUACCUGAGCUCCAAGGGGAAACACAUGGUGGCUGUGGAGAUCUUCUCCAUCUUGGCCUCCAGUGCUGGCUUACUGGGCUCCAUCUUUGGCCCCAAAUGCUACAUUAUUAUGCUGAGGCGUGACCUAAACAUCAGAGAGCAAUUAAUGAGAAACUGAAUUAGAGAUUUUUUUUUUUUUAGAGGCAGGGAAUUUAAAACCAACCAACCAAGCAACCCAGCAACAAACCAACUGACAAACCAACCCAUUUUCUUGCCUUUCUUGAUGGUUCCCCAGGUUUGUUGUGUCGUGGUUGAUACUUCACAAAUGGUACCGGAACAUUGUUGUCCUUUCACAGACCAUCUCAGACUGCAGUUUUACAAUUAAUUGGCAAUAAUAUCCAUGGAAGUUACUGCAGUUCACUACAUGUAUAUGGGAUUGCAGUUUUAAUAAAAUAUUCUAGUAUACAUUGUACACACAAUAUUUACUCAUGACAUAUUUGUAUUACCCAACAUUUAGCAAGAGGAGAUUUAUUUUGAAGGGACAUUCACAAAUGUUUGUUCUAUUUCCAAAUCCUUUUCCUCAGCCAUGAGGCCAGGUCACUAUGACAGCAUAAAGACAUUGUAUGAGCUAUAUGAAAAUGCUAUCAAUAAGAUACAACACAUACAUACCCCUUUUGUUUUAUUUAACCUAUUUUACCAAAUUUUAGUCUUAUAAUAUAUCUAGUCAUAUGGUGUACGCGUGAUAAGAAAUCAAAGGACUUGAGAUCAACAUGGUUUGAUCCACCGUGUGUCCAGAAUAUUUGUAAUCACCAUGGAAUUUCCUUUUCCAAAUACACAGAGGUAUUUGUUAAAUCACAACAAUAUAUGCUGCAUUCAUGUUCCAAGUCUGCACUGAUGCAUGGGCAUCAGUGGGGGGGGGGGCAGGACUUUUGUUAGGAGGGCAGAACCGACAUGAUUGGUCAGUUCGUUAAGUAUUUCUGUUGUUUUCCUUGAUCUUUUGGGUAUACCCAUGCACUGAUGCUGCAUAAUGUUCUCUCUCUCUCUCUCUCUCUCUCUCUCUCUCUCUCUCUCUCCUUUCUGAUUUUACUUCUGUAAAUUCCCCCCGUUUUCUUAUAAUUUUAAUUUUAAAAUAAAAGUUAUAUAAAAAAAUUAAAACGUGUGAACAUGAACGGACAGCAGUUGAAUACUCUCUCUCUCUCUCUCUCUCUCUCUCUCUCUCUCUCUCUCACACACACACACACACAUUAUGGAGUCUUUUUUCUGUUACUGUCAGUGCUCUAUCCUGUUUUGAGCCUUGUAAAUGGUGACUAUUCCUCCUCCUGUAGUGCAGGAGCAACAUCUUAGCAAUCACACCUUUUUGGGAGACACAUCUAAACUUCUAUGUAGAUGAAUGUUAACAAUCUAUAUAUUAGCAGUCAAUAGGGCUGGGGAGAAAUUCUAUUCACAAUCUAUCGUAUUGGCAUUGCCCAAACAAGGUGGGGACUGAAACAGAGCGAUCCUUCAAAAUUCACACUUAUCUAAAUCUGCAAUUCCAUUCCCCAACCACGCCAUGUUUACAAAAAUGUGUAGAUUAGGGGGAAACAUGCAUAAAAAUGACUGCAAGUGAAAAUAACAUAUUAAAGCCAUAAUAUUAUGAGAAAUAGGGAGGCGGGUGGCGCUGUGGGUUAAACCAUAUAGCCUAGGACUUGCCGAUCAGAAGGUCAGCAGUUUGAAUCCCCACCAUGGGGUGAGCUCCCGUUGCUCAGUCCCAGCUCCUGCCAACCUAGCAGUUUGAAAGCAUGUCAAAGUGCAAGUAGAUAAAUAGAUACCGCUCCAACGGGAAAGUAAAUGGCGUUUCCGUGCACUGCUCUGGUUCGCCAGAAGCCGCUUAGUCAUGCUGGCCACAUGACCCAGAAGCUGUACGCCGGCUCCCUCGGCCAAUAAAGCGAGAUGAGCGCCGCAACCCCAGAGUCAGUCACGACUGGACCUAAUGGUCAGGGGUCCCUUUACCUUUACCUAUUAUGAGAAAUUGCUUGAAAAACUGUGUAUAUUAGUCGAAACUGCAUACAAUAAUGUGCUUAUUGUGGGAAUUAGACUCUAGUUUCCAUUUGCAGAGUUUAUGUAAGACGUGCCUGAGUCAUUUGACCCUUUAAUUACCGUACUUUUCCGUGCAUAAGAUGAGGGGUUUUUUACUCAAAAAUAAGGUUAAAAAUCAGGGGACAUCUUAUACACGGACAGUGCAUAUACAGGACGGGUGAUUGGUUGCAGCUGCGAGCAGGAGUUUGUCAGUGGUGAUUGGGUGGGUGAUUGGUGGCUGGUGCAAGGGCUGCUUAGGAUUGGCUGAUGGUCCGGUGAUUGGGUAGAUGAUUGGUGGUUGUGUGAAGGGCUGUGGAGGAUUGGCUGCCGCUGUGGCAAUUGUGUGUGUGUUCGGCUGCCACUGGCUGCGAGCGGGCAGACGCUUGUUUUAUUCUGCAUUGUGUGCGAUUGGCAGCAUGGGGUGAGUGAUUUUCGGGGCAUUCCCCUCCAAAAAACAGCUCAACAACUCUGGGCCAUCUCCCUCCAUUUUCUUAAUUUGGGGUCCCCAAAAUUAGGGGGUGUCUUAUACACGGGUGCGUCUUAUACAUGGGAAAAUACAGUAGUUCUCUUUUCCCAAGCCACCCUAUAUUAAAGUUUAAAGAACAAAAAACUUUUACUUAGUGUGCUUGCAGUUGCAGAUUAAAUAUACAAUGCAGGUUGGUGAUACUUAAAUUGCUAUAACAUCUUACAUAGAUUUGUAUCCAAGACUGACUAACAUUUACAGAUUGAUUAAUAUUCUGAGGCAGAAAGCAGUACAACGGUCCAUACCUGCUGUUCUAACUGUUAAGGCUGUUCACUAACUUCCAUAAGUGUUCCAACUGAAAAUAACUGCUACAGAGUUUAUGACAUCACAGAGUUCUACAGCUUUUGCAGUCAACCCUUUAAAUAUGCAUCUUGGGUGCUAACAUCCCACAUUUAUCAGAAGUUCACACUAAAAUGAUGGGGGGGGAUCAUGAUUUUUUUAAAAAUAAAAAUGGUAGAUCUCUACAAAAAUGUGGAGAACUGAAUUUAAGAUGCGAAAUAUGAGAAACCAAGUGAACUGAAAUUGAAAUAUCCUUCCAUCUUUGGUAGUCUUUCAGAUUUUUUAUUUCUUUAUCUUAUUUAUAUCGUAACUUUGAACAAGCAUUUCUGCUUUAAAAGCAGACUGACUCACUGAUCUUUCCUUACUCCUUGUAGUUUACUCUGUGCGUACUUUUGUGGCCCCAUGAAGUGACCAAAAUGGCUUUUGAUGAAACAUCACAAACAAGUUUUCCUCCUUUCUUGUUGGCAAUAAAGUCACCCAGUUAUUAUCUCAUCUAUAAUUAUUACACUGUCAUGACUGUGGAUAAGAUCCCUAUAGAUCUCUAGAGAAUACCAGUCAAAGUCUAAAAAUGGGUAUAAAAAAAUCCCUUCCUGCCAUUUCAAGCAAGGGAUAGGGCAGAGGUAGAGGCUGGAUUUCCACUUUUCUCUGGGAGAGUUGAACUCUGUUGAAGAGUUCUGAAGCUAAUGAUCAUGUUGUAGAUGAUCUGACAUAAGUGAGAUUAAGGUAGUCUGACUAGAAAUUUUUUUUUGCCUCAGUAUGCUGGUGUUUAUUGUGUCCAUUCUCUUCCUUUUGCCUCAUAUGGUGUGCAAACACACCACUAGUUGUACUCUCAACUAUCUGCUCAGGAUCCCACAUGAAUACUACCAGCCUGGGGACCUCAUCGUUGGUGCUCUUGCAUCUCACAUCUUUGUUGCUCUGAACAAAGAAGACUUCCGUGGAAUCUUAACUACCCAUCAGCUCCCUAAUCUCUUGUAAGGACUCCGUACAUCAAGUAGCCAUAGGAUUCUGACUCAUUUCCCAAUCCCAUCCAUGGUCACUCAGAAGCAAGUCCCAGGGAUUUCAGCGGGAUUACUUUCAGGCAGAGGUGGGGAAGACAUCUGCAAAACUAAGGCGUAAGCGUGGAGCGAGGGAGAUGGAGAACAAACAGGCAAAAGUGUUCAGACAAAAGGCAAAUAAGGGGGCCAGGAGAAAACUGUUUAAAAGUAUUCCUCGUGUGGAGAAAGUUAAUCUGUCUCUGAUAAUAUUAGAACUUGGGUCCUCCUAUGUAGAAUAAUGGUAGAUUCAGGAAGGACAAAAGAAUGUUGUUCACACAACAUAUAGUAAAACGAUGGAAUUUGUUCCCAUAAGAUGUAGUGAUGGGCAAAAAAAUUGGAUGGCUUUAAAUGAGGAUUAGACAUAUUAGAGGGACACGGGUGGCACUGUGGUCUAAACCACUGAGCCUCUUGAACUUGCCGAUCAGAAGGUCGGCGGUUCAAGUCCCCACGACGGGGUGAGCUCCCGUUGCUCUGUCCCAGCUCCUGCCAACCUAGCAGUUCAAAAGCACGCCAGUGCAAGUAGAUAAAUAGGUACCACUGUGGCGGGAAGGUAAACGGCAUUUCCGUGCGCUCUGGCUUCUGUCACAGUGUACCAUUGUGCCAGAAGCGGUUUAGUCAUGCUGGCCACAUGACCCAGAAAGCUGUCUGCGGACAAAUGGCAGCUCCCUUGGCCUGAAAAGUGAGAGGAGCGCCACAACCCCAUAGUCACCUUUGACUUAACCGUCCAGGGGUCCUUUAUCUUUUACCGGGG